UUUAUCUACCUCCUCUCUACACGAGCUGGUGGUGUCAGAAUCAAUCUCUGGAGUGCGGAUGCUGUAAUCAUCUUCGAUCCAGAUUUCAACCCCCAUCAGGCUAUCGCACGGUCUCAUCGAUACGGACAAACGAAACCAUGUCUCGUCUUCAAGUUGAUGGCCAAGGACACAGCUGAAGAGCGAAUCGUUCAGAACGGCAAGAAAAAGCUCAUACUCGACCACGUUAUUGUGCAGAAG